AUGGACUCGCAAGGACGAAAGAUCAUUGUUGUCGAUAAUGGUACAGGGUUCGUUAAGUGUGGCUAUGCGGGAACGAAUUUUCCAUCACACAUCUUCCCAUCUGUUGUGGGUCGUCCGAUAGUGCGAUCGUCGCAGCGAAUUGGUGAUAUCGAAGUGAAGGAUUUAAUGGUUGGCGAAGAGUGCACACAAUUACGCCAAAUGUUGGACUGUAGUUAUCCAAUGGAGAAUGGUAUUGUGAGAAACUGGGACGAUAUGGCGCACGUUUGGGAUUAUACUUUCGGACCAGAAAAACUGGAUAUUGAUCCGAAGGAAUGCAAACUACUCCUAACAGAACCUCCUUUGAAUCCGAGUGGAAAUCGUGAACGAUUAUUGCAAGUAAUGUUCGAGCAAUAUGGAUUUAAUUCGUUGUAUAUUGCUGUUCAGGCAGUCCUGACGCUAUAUGCACAAGGACUUUUGACUGGUGUGGUGGUUGACAGUGGAGAUGGUGUGACUCAUAUAUGCCCAGUUUAUGAAGGGUUCGCUCUGAGUCAUCUUACAAGAAGAUUGGAUAUAGCUGGCAGAGAUAUUACCAGAUAUUUGAUUAAGGCUGCAGAUUUCGAGACGGUUCGCCUAUUGAAGGAGAAGUUAUGCUAUGUGGCAUACGAUGUUGAGCAAGAGCAACGUCUUGCACUCGAAACGACCGUGCUUACCGAGCCGUUCACUUUGCCCGAUGGGCGUGUGAUACGUGUCGGUGGUGAGCGCUUCGAAGCACCCGAGGUGCUGUUCCAGCCUCAUUUGAUCAACGUCGAGAAGUGUGGUCUGAGUGAACUCUUGUUCGGUGUUAUUCAGUCUGCAGAUAUUGAUACGCGUUUGGAAUUCUAUAAGCAUAUUGUGCUCUCGGGUGGUACCACAAUGUAUCCGGGUUUGCCAAGCCGUUUGGAGCGUGAACUCAAACAGUUGUAUUUGGAUCGUGUUCUAAAAGGCAAUGCUGAGUCGUUCCAGAAAUUCAAAAUCCGAAUCGAAGCACCACCACGCCGCAAGCAUAUGGUCUUUCUGGGCGGUGCAGUGCUAGCGCAUUUGAUGAGAGACAGAGACACGGACUUUUGGAUAUCGAAACAAGAAUACGAGGAAUGUGGUAUGGUGCAGUGCAUGCGGAAAUUGGGUGUGAAGUAA